CAACGCUAAAUGCAACUCGCCCGGCCAAAUCAGACCACGACUGGUUGUCACAGAGGUGUUGUGGUAGCAGAGUACGUCAUCCAACAUUUAGUGCCGAACGCCUAUCGCCUAUUGACUUUCGUCUGGGUGAGCGCUAUAUGUGUGUUGUGUACAGAUACAUACUGUACAUAUAUAAGGUGCGCCAGUGGUUGUUGGUUGUUGCGUUUCAAAGAGAGACGAAUUGAGGCUACAUCCAGCGAAUUACCUACGUAUUGUCGUCUACCUGUAUAUUGCAAAGCUCCGCGCGGAAAUCACUGAAACAACCCCCUGCCAAACCCCAACAAGCAAGCACGCCCAAACGCAGAAACGCACAAACACCCCAAACACAAACACAAACCGCACAAACGCCCCGCAACACAAUGCCGCCAUCGCCGCCGCUAACAAACACAUCCACAGCCUCCCUCCUCUCAGGCCACAAAAUGCCCCUCCUCGGCUACGGCGUCUACAAGACACCCGCCCAGGACACCGCAGUCGCCGUCCACCACGCCCUCUCGCACUCCUACCGCCACAUCGACUGCGCCGUCGCCUACGCCAACGAAGCCGCGGCCGCCGAAGCGCUGCACAACAGCGGCAUCCCGCGAUCGCAGCUCUUCUUCACGUCCAAGAUCCCCCCGGACAAGACGAGUUACGCGGGAGCGCGGCAGAGCGUUGCGGAGACGCUGGAGCGCACGGGGCUCGGGUAUGUGGAUUUGUACCUUGUGCAUGCGCCGUAUGGGGGGCGCGAGGGCCGGUUGGGGGCGUGGGCGGGGCUUGUGGAGGCGGUGCGGGCGGGGCAGGUGCGUAGUAUUGGGGUGAGUAAUUACGGGGUGCGGCAUUUGGAGGAGUUGGAGGCGUAUAUGCGUGAGAGGGAGGCGGCGGAGGGCAGUGGUGCGGGCGGGGUGUUGAGUGUGAAUCAGGUGGAGCUGCAUCCCUGGCUGGGACGGCGGGAGAUUGUGGAGUGGUGUCAGCGCAGAGGUGUUGUAGUGCAGGCAUAUGCGCCGCUGGUGCGGGCGACGAGGAACGAGGAGCCGGUGCUGGUGCGGCUAGCGGAGAGGUAUGGAAAGACGCCCAGUCAGGUGCUGGUGCGAUGGAGCUUGCAGAAGGGGUUUGUGCCGCUGCCAAAGAGUGUGAAUAAGGAGCGAAUAGAGGAAAAUGCGGGCGUGUUUGGGUGGGAGAUUAGUGACGAGGACAUGGAGACGUUGGAGCUCGAUUGCUACGAGCCGUGUGCGUGGGAUCCGACAGUCAUCACGGACUAGACGGGUAGAUGUGAUGCCAUGGAUGAGAGUGAUUGACGGAAGCGGUCGUGUUGAGAGUGUUUUGAGGUGUUGCUAUGUGGUGUGAGAUAUUGGACUAGAUGAUCGUGUCAGAUCCAGACAUUGUAUAUGUAACAUG